AUGCCUGCAAUCCAAGUGAUAAUCUGUUCCAUUUUACUUGCUUCGCUAUUCCAGGCCGCCUCCGCCAUUGAAUGCUACCAAUGUGAAUCCGUAUACGAAGAAGGCUGUGGUUACAUCUUCGAUUCGGAGGAACAUUUUAAGGUGAAUUGUGAUUAUAAGGCGCCACCGCGCUAUAUUCGAAAAUUGGUGGAAAAUGUAAAUGCCACAGCGUGCAUGAAAAGGAUAUACAAGGAACACUCAGUCGUCAAGUAUAUACGUAGUUGUUAUUAUGGCGAUGUCAAUGACACCAGCAUCGGUUGUCGUAUGGAUCCAUCGAUGGCGGAUGUGCAAGAUGUUCGCUGUUAUGUCUGUGAUGACGAUGAUUAUUGCAAUGCGGCGCCUUUAAAAAGUCAUCCGAAUUGGUGGUCUAUAUUCGGUUCAUUAUUAAUGUUUAUUUUAACUGCAAAAAUUCUAAAUAUUCAAUGUAUGGUACUUGUAUAA